AUGACACACCACAGGCAUCCUCCGCCACCAUACGAUCCUUAUGCGCCGCCCCCACCAGGGCCACCAGGGCGGCCACCACCACCAUACGAUCCUUUUGCGCCACCACCGCCACCGGGGCCACCAGGGCCACCAGGGCCUCCUCCUCCGUCUUGGCACCACCCACCACCACCUGAUCCUUUUGCACCGCCGCCACCACCAGGGCCACCAGGACCACCACCCCCGGGGCCGUACAGUCCACCAGCGCCUCCCGGACCACCAGGUACUGUCAACCAUGGCAUAUACUUCAGCAAGAGAACACUCGCACUCACAGCCUACUAUGACGUAGACUGGGCUAGAGAUGCCAUAAACAGGAGGUCAACUACUGGAUACAACAUAUUUCUUGGUCCAUGUCUCGUCUCACGGUGUGCAAGAAAACAAAGCGUGGUGUCUCGGUCUGGCACUAGCAAUGGUGGUGACCGAAUUAUAUUGGAUACGUAUGUUGUUGAAAGACCUCCUAGUCACUUUGCUUUCACCACCUACGGUAUGGUCUUGCCCUUGCAGCAAGUCCCAUUUACCAUGCACGCACUAAACAUAUCGAGGUUGAUUUUCAUUUUAUAUGUGAAAAAGUAUCAAAUUGGUGACUUCUUCACCAAAGGGUUGUCUUCUGCCCGUUUUCAGAUGCUAUGUGACAAGCUCAUGGUAUGCGACCUCCCCAUUUGCUUGCGGGGUGGUGUGGGGGGUGUUAGGUUAUCGACGAUUGACGGAACCUCGAAUAGUAAAGCUAACCACGACGUGCAGUUAGACCUCACGGUUGAUGAAAGCCAAUCUUGA